UAACGUCUCUGCACUCGCUUCCCUGAUCAGUGUGGUCUGGCACUGUGGCACAGCUGGGUAUAAACUAACAUGGCAGCGCUGACAGUGGAGAGCGGGGCGCGCGUCGUGGACCUGCGGAGCGACACCCUGACGCAGCCUUCCCCGGCCAUGAAGGAGGCGAUGAUGGCGGCGCCUCUCGGGGACGACGUGUUCGGCGAGGACCCGACCGUCAUCGCCCUGCAGGAGAAAGUGGCGACGCUGCUUGGGAAGGAGGCCGCCCUGCUCGUCCCGACGGGCACCAUGGGGAACCUCAUCUGCGUCCUGAAUCACUGCCGGAACCGCGGCAGCGAAGUAUUGCUCGGUGAUCUGAGUCACAUCCACGUCUGGGAGCAAGGAGGCAUAUCCCAGCUGGGUGGUGUGCAUCCUCGGACCUUAAGAAACCUCCCAGAUGGCACCUUCAGCUUGGAAGAACUCCGGCAGCUGGUUCGCGGGGACAACCCACACUGGCCCGUGACGUCAUUGGUCUGCGUGGAGAACACCCACAACAUGGCGGGCGGGAGGGUGCUGCCCCUCCGCUGGUUGGACGAGUUGGGCGCCACAUGCAGGUCCCUGGGGCUGCCGGUGCACAUGGACGGCGCAAGGCUGCUGAACGCCGCGGCGGCCCUGGAGGUGCCCCCGGCGAGGCUGGUGCGCGACUGCGCCUCCGUCUCCGUCUGCCUCAGCAAGGGCCUCGGGGCGCCCGUCGGCUCCGUCGUCGCGGGGACCAAGGACUUCAUCCGCGGCGCCCUCCGCCUGCGCAAGGCCCUGGGCGGCGGCAUGCGGCAGGCGGGGGUCCUUGCGGCCGCAGGAAUCUUCGCCCUGGACCACGUGGCGCCAGCCCUCGCCCGGGACCACGCCGGCGUCAGGACCAUCGCUCGGGCCGUUAAUGAGCUCGGGAGCAAGGUCAUUAAGGUCGACCUUGAAGGCGUACAGACCAACAUCUUGCUUCUCGAGUGUGACCUUGAGCGCGUCAGGCCCGAGCAGGUGUGCGAGCGGCUGCUGCAGGUCAAAAAGGAAGAAAUAAAAGAGACAGGAGAAGAGGUCAUCGUGCGAGUUCUACCCAUGACGGCGUCCACGGUUCGACUGGUCGUCCACUGCGACAUCAAGCCUGAAGACAUUCCGCUUGUGAUUAAGAAGCUGGUUUACGUCAUCAGAGAAUUCGAGAAUGAGUGAAAUUCAUUUUGUUUUUUGUUUUGUUUUGUUUUUUUUUUUCAUUAUGACAUCGUCCUGCGUUGGAAAUAAGGAAUGGGAACGUGAACAGAAAAUUAUAUUUGCAAUUCGAGAACGAGUGAAAUCCUUUGUUAAUCUCAUGAAAAUAAAAACAGGGCCACAAUCAGAACUGGAAAAUCUUACGUUUCGAAUUCAUACAGAGUUCCUCAUCGGACGUAAAAAAGUCUGAAAUGGAUCAAUUUUGGGGUUUUACUUCGUCUGAUGAGGAACUUUCGGCGAACUCGAAACGCUGUCCGUUGUCAGUUCAUGGUGCAACAGCGUUUCUUAUCAUCGUUGUGUACAUAAAACUGUGAUUGUGUUCACCGUCAUGUUUGUGUGAAGAAAUUAAUUCAGCCAUUUUCUAUUUUACCAGUGGUCAGGUAUUCAGGUAAAUAACGGUAUAAUUGGAAUAUUUUUUAAUAUUCAAACUGUUUUUUACAAUGUAACCAUUGCAACAUAUUUAUAUAUCUCAUAUUAGGUGUAACAUUACCGCUCUUGCAUCACUAAUAAUACAAAUAGUGGUAUAUGUUACUGUAAAGUGUAUUUUUAUAUUUUUUUGUGUUGAAAUAUGGGGUAUCGAGAUAGCUGGCACAGUUGUAUGAUGUAGGAUAAUAAAUCAGUUUUGACUCA